AUGUUCAACGAGAAUUUCUCUUUCGGAUCUCCUCCGCACGAGCACUCGCUCUCACUCAAGACCGAACAGUGCGCCUCCUCAGAUAUCUCUCCGUGCAAUUCAAGGUGCUCCUCACCACGAAAUUGCCGAACAGCCUCUCCACGGCGCGAUUCUCGAUUCGAUGCAUACCGAUUCGCUGGUGCACCUCGACAUCCUUCCAUCACUGCCCUGACGGCGCAAUUACAGUCACACGCGCUGGAUGACACCGAAAUGCACUCCCCCUCGUUACAUCCAAGCGAUCCAGGCUCUCCUACAGAUUCGGCCAGUGCGAGCGAUGUUGAUGAAGGAUUCUAUGACGGUCCCGACACACCCGCAACCACUGUAUCCGACCCCUAUGACCUGGAUGAUGUCGACCCAACAUUGUGGGACUUGAGCAUGUCCGAUGUCAUGAGCCCCGGAUUUGGCCAUGCUUAUCGAAGAGUGCCACCCAAGUUCUUUGCCAUUUGGGAACGAUCCAUCGAGAAUCUCAAAAGUCAAAAGCGAGUCAACAUGCGGGGCUUCAGGUCGAAAUGGCUCGAUCACUACAGUCAGGAGAAGUCCAAGAAUGAGGAAGAGAAUCCGAUCAUAGAGAACUAUCUGCGCGAUGCGGGGGCAUUCAUGAAAUGGAACUCCUCCAAGCCAUCACGCACGAUUCACUAUGAACAAUACGAAGAGUUUCCGAAUGUCACAAGAUUGGGCCAGUACUCUGUUCGAGCUCUCACGACGAUGUGCGUAUCACCUGGCGACCAACAUCUUGACAAAAAUGGCAUUCCGCCAUGGCAACACUCACCUGAUGACGUUUGA